CAGUUACUGGCAACUUUAUACGGAUUUGAAAAAUUAUAUAUACUCUGUGCCCUGUGGUGAUGUAUUGUCAAAAGUUGGAAAAACGAGCGAAAAUCGUGAGAUAAUUGUUUACGAUUAAGUUUUAUAUCAUCAAAACCACUUAUUGUUGAAAUAAAAGAGUGUAAUUUUAAUCAACAGUUAAAUAAUCAUAAAUUACAACCAUUUGAAGCUACAUUUUUACCAGUGAAAUGUGUUAACUUCGGCAUAAUGCCUCCUAGGACUCGCACAGUUAGAGCGCCAAAAGCGUCCAAAGAAAAUGUAGACAACCCGCACAAAACUAAGGCGAAAAACACAGCACAAGCCACAAAACUAGCACGUAAACCUUUAGCGGACAAAACAAACUCGGCCUCAGAUGAAAAUACUAGUCCACAGCCCAUCAAAAAGGUUAUCAAGAAGUCGAACAAACCAAUACAAAAACCUAGUGCAACAUUUCCUGUUACUAAUGGCGAGAAUAGACCACGUCGAAACAGGCGUCUGCCGCCUAGAUAUGUUGAAAACGAAAUGUUAAACAAUCUGUCUAACAAUAAAGAAAAUGCAGUAUCUCCUAACAAGUCACUUAACAAAACCCCUGUCAAAAGCACUGUGAAUGUAGAAUCGCCAUUCAAAACGCCAACUACACUAGAUAACAGUCUGCUUGCUAAUAGACCAAAGAGAGUCAGCAGGCUACCUUCUAAAUUUGAUGAAAACUCAAGUCCUAACAAAUUUGUUCCGACUCAUUGUCAUACUAGCACGCCAUUGGUGUCUAAGGCACAUGAGAAGCCUAAAGAUGUUAGAAAAAUGGCUGUUGGUAAACAGAAGAAGGCCCAUCAAGAAAAACUUGAAAAUACACCAUCACAAAUAACACCUCAAAGAGUUUCACCAAGGAAAGGUACAUUUCAGAAAACAGUACCACAAAAUACUGUAUCAGAAAAAGCUACCCCACAGAAGGUGACUCUUCAAAAAAGUCCUCAAAAAGAAACAUCCAACAAAUUUACACCACAGACAACUAAGAUCACUCAGAAAAAACUGGUACAAAAGAAAUUAAGUGAAGUUGUGAAGAACAACAUAGAUUCAAAUUUAAAUCAUAAACAAAACAGGGUAAGACGACUAAGAAAACCUAUAGAAUAUAAAGAGGAUACCCUAAGUCCAAAAAAGAAAUCAACAAACGCUGAUGGCAGGAGAAUUUUAAAAGCUAAUUCAUCAUUUAGGGUUCUUGAAGAGAAAAAUUCGAAAAAUGGUAACAAAGACAUUUAUGAAUUCACAUUUGACCCAACUGAAGAACCAGCACCUCCAAAGAAGAAAAAGAAGAAAGUUACAACUAGAAAACCAACCAACCCAAAAAGAAGAGUAUAUAACAACAAUUAUGAGAAAAACAUUGCAAGGGCUUUGGCAGACUUGAAAAAUGCAGUUAUGAAACAAAAACCAGACAGUCAAACGGCUACAAAAACCUCAAAUACUGUGCAACCAAGUAAUAAUGUUGUGCAACAAGCAAGUAAUGAAACAGCAGUCUCUGCACCUAACCCAUCUUCAAUAGUGAUCAGCACAGUUGCCGAGAUACAUCCUGAUCCUGCCCAAAAUACUUCCAUAAGAAGUAAUCUUUCCACUAAACAAGUUUCAUACAGGGUUGAAGACAUUGCUGCUGACUUUGAUGCUUCCAUUGAUCAUGAAAUCAACUACUCUCCAGUGAUCUCACCUCACAGAAUUGAACCAGAGCCAGAAAGUUGUCCAUCCAAUAAAAGCCCAGAGUACAUUAGUCCUGAUGAUCCUCUAAAUUUACGUGAUGAUUUGAGCUUCUUUGAUGACCAACCUGUUGCAAAUAGUAGUAUAAAUGCAUCAAAGAACCCAUCUGCAACACCGUGGCGUGCUGAAUUUGAAAAUCUACCCAUUAAAUGGCAGGCAAACACAUAUGUGAAACCAGACAUGACUCCCGCUUUAGAGUGCUCUUUUGUCAAUCAUUUUGAUGACAGCAAGAAGAAACAUGUUUAUACUAACAUGGUUACCGAAUCUAAUGAUGCUUUAACAGAACUAGAAGAUGCGGCUCCCAAGCUAAAGCAAACAAGCAUAAUUUCAUUUAUAAAAGAAGUUGUUGAAAAGAAAUCUAAUAGAAAGAAGAGGGGAGCCUCAGCAACACCUACAAAACCUAAUUCAUUAUUUGAUAUCUCUAAUGUAACAUCAAGAAGUGUAGCCACACCAAGGAAAGAAACAUCUGGAGCUUCUAAUAACAGUGCAGAAAAUGAAAUUAGUGAAAGCAAUAAAAUACAAAAGCGUAAAAAUAAUGUGGAUAAUAAUCCCACUCCAGCAAAACUACCUCGUAAAGACAAUGAGAAUACACUGUUCGGUUUUGACGACAGUGAAAAUCAGGACCAAGAGAAUGUUCCACCAGUAAAAGUUAACAAUGAUAGAUUACGAAGCCUCAGGUCCCGAUCAGGAGCUGUGCUUAAAGAAAUAAAUAAGCAAACGGGACCUAUGAGGGCUGAAUUACCUGCUGUAAUGAAAGCUAAGUUGGCCCCAAGCUCAGAGGUAGUAGAGAAGAUCUAUGAUCAGAUGAAGUCUGCCGCUGAUGCCCCUGUAUUGCUGGAUAAGCAGGGAGAUGCUGAGGUUACAAAUGUUGAGAUGGCAGAUAUCUUGGAAGAUGAUAGCCAAUCAGUACAUUUAUUUGAAGACAUUGAUUUAGUUCAUCAUUUGAAGCCAACCCGCAAGAGCUAUGGCAAGGCCAAAAAGGUGACUUUCCAAAAAGCAUCCGACAGUGCAUCUGAGGUCGAAGCUCACAACCAGUCCAGUGAUGAUGAAGCCGACAACCUUGAAGACCUGAGCUUCCAUCUACCGCAGGUUAAGGCCAAGAAAGCCACUAAGAAGAAGAAAAGUAAGAAACAGGUGCUGUCAAAGAAAGAGAAAGCAGAGGUGGACGCCUGGGCGGCAUGUUUCAACUCGAUGUGCGAAGACAUUGAAGAAUUUGACUUGGUGGUUGAAUAGAUCUGUAAAUAUCAACGAAAUCAUGGAACAUUAGCAGAGUCUUCUUAGUUUAUUCCAAGGACAAUGAAAAUGGGUUGAAAUCCUUUAGAGAAUGUAUCCUUUUCAUUGUUUUUGACUAGUUUUAUGUGUGUGUUGGUUACAUCUGAAGAUUACCACAGUAAGGCUUAUUAGAGUAAGGAUAAAGCUUACUAAAGCCAUAACAAUUUUUUAAAGAUCAUAUCUAUGUUUUGAGAAAAAUAGUAAUAUCUAACACUUACCCGCUGUUUUACAGCUGUAAUUUUUUUUUAAUUUGUAAAAUCCUUUUUAAGUCAGACCAAGAUAAGUUGGCAGCGAUUUUGAUAGACGAACUGCAAGUGUUAUUUUAAACGUGAAACUUCUAUGGAAUUAUGACGUUCACUUAACACUUGCAUAGGCUGGACUAUCAAAAUCGCUGCGAAGUUAGCUUGGUCUGACUCUAUCACGCUAUCACUAAACGCACUCAAGAUACUAUUAGUUUAAGUAUUCUUAUAUUUGAAAAUUAGACAAACCUAUGUACACUUAAACAUUUACGCCAUUUUACUCUUUAUUGUCUAAGGAAUAACAACUUUAAUAGCGUGUAAAUUAAGAGUGGAUAUUGACCGUUCUGGCCCUUAUGUAUAAAACUAGGGACCCGGCCCGGCUUCACACGGGUAAUAUGUAUUAUACAUAUAAACCUUCCUCUUGAAUCACUAUCUAUUUAAAAAAACCGCAUCAAAAUCAGUUUCGUAGUUUUAAAGAUCUAAGCAUAAAUAGGGACAGACAGAGCGGAAAGCGACUUUAUUUUAUAUGUAGUGAUAGUCUAUUAGGAGAUCGUCAUGACUUAGUUUUUAAUUUUAAAAUAAUCAAGAGAUUUAUCUUAGUGUGGCCAUAUUUAAUAUUUGCCAUUUACGAGUACAACAUUCGUCACAUUUUUUUUUACAUGACAUCGCUUUUUUUCUAAUUAAGUAUUUAGUAUGAUAUUUUUAGUUUUAUUUAAGUCUAGUAAGCGGAGUGGAGACUAGAAAUUUUGCAAAUUAAGCCAACAUUUCUACUUCUGUAUGGUCAUAUUUUAUCGGUUUAAAAAUGCAUAUUCUUUUUUUUUCAUAAACCGCUUAUGAUCCAAAAAUAAAAAUGUAUGGACGUUUUUUGGUUAAACAUGUAAUUACAUUCAGCAAUUAUGUAUGUAUACAGUUAGAAUUUUUAAGAUAUCUAAACGUUAUGAACAACUAUUAAGUAACAGCAAAGACAAUUUGAAAUAGAGGUGUAUUGUCAAAGAAAACUUCGUAGUGAUGUAAAUUUACUGCCAUCUUUCGACACAUAAUUAAAACGCCAUUUGACUUUGAUCCUUAUUCUUUCACUGAUAUGUGUUUAUUUUGUUAAAUAACAAAAUGUGGCGCCAUCUUACCGGCACUACCUAAAGGUUAUGGCGCCAUCCCUCGAAACUAUGCUGCUAUACCUUUGGCCUUUGACCUAUUACAUAGCGCCACUUUUUGAUAUUUAACAAAUUGAACACAUAUCUGAGAAAGAAUAAGGGUCAAAGUCAAAUGGCGUUCUAAAAGUUUUAAUUAUGUGUCGAAAGAUGGCAGUAAAUUUACGUCGCUACAAAGUUUUCAUUGACUAUACACCUCUAUUUCAAAUUCUCUUUGGUAACAGGGACACCUUAAAAAUUAACCAUAGCUUAAACAUUAACCUUAGGUUUUUAGCACGGAUUCGCUGCAAAGUUUGAUUAUGCAUUUAAAAGACAAGUUUAUAACAAGCUUUUUUUUAGUGAGAUCUAAUAUACCUAAGUUGUGAGUGUGGUUAUAUUUGUGUGAUGCGAGAUUUUAAGUUUUAAGUGGCAAUCUUUAUUAAGUUGACGUUUUGAUCUACGAGUAUAUUGAUCUUAAUUUUAAUAUCGCGAAUGUUGAUAUUAUAAUAUAUCUAAUUUGAUUGUAUUAACAAUGCCGGUCAUACUGUUUUUUAACGUUACUAUUUAACCUUUUAACCGCCGUAUUCUGAUAUAUAAGACAUACAAUAUCCAACUCAUUUCGCCGCAGUCUGAUAAAUAUGACAAAACUUCGUGUAACUUCGUAACGGAGGCGAUACGUUCGAUGAAAAAUUCUAAGCGGUUAAAAGGUUAACAAUGAUUAAUUUAUUGAUUAAGUUAUGUGUUAGUCUAAGAGAAAAUAUCGCCUAGUUUGUCAGUUGAAGAUGGUGCUGUUAGGGCAUGAUCCUGGUCCUGUGUUUAAAUUACCAACUGCGUAUUUAUUCCCAUUCUAGUGGCAAAAUUAUUUUAGUAUUUUAGCUUGAGACAUUAAAUAACAAUUAAUAAUGUUGUUUUGAAGCGGGGGACCCAAAUAACUUUACAAACUUUAAUCUAGUAAAAAGAGCGCCCGUCUAUGGGUUAAUUUGGUAACAUAGGUUGAAACAUUUAUAAUCCUCCUAAGGUUCAGCCAUGCAUAUCAAAAAUAAAAAAAUUGCCAUUGAAAUUUGAAUCUAUAAUGCAGGGAAUAAAGUUGAUUUUAUUUGUUUGAAAAUUGAACGAAACUAAACAAAUGCAACUCUCUUCCAAUUCAAUAUGAUUUAAAUUUCAUCGAACUGAAUCAGUCCUAUAGGUAGAACCUUGGGCCUUACGAGGAUAUAUAAUAAAAUAAGUCAUUCAUACGCAAUUAUUUAUAUAUAAAUUAUUCAUUUAUAACAAUUUCUAAAGAGUAACCAUAAGAUGCUCCAAUAACCGGGAAGAACUGGGAAUCUCAUUACCGGCCAACCCCAGAUUCGGGAAAUAAAAUUCUUGGUAUCGGGACCGGUACUGCAUGCCCUAGGCGCUGCAGGGAACAUACAUGAUCUGUAAGGCAACACAGAAGCCCCCUAUUGAAUGGCGCGAAACGUCAUGUUUUAUUUUUAGAUUUAAGCUACUAGAUGGCAGACUACGCGCUCGGUUUCUAUGGCGCUGUUUUUUUAACUUAAUUGGCACAAGGGCAACUUUUAAUAACCCGUAUAAUGUACAGAGCCGUACAGCACCAUCAGCUAAUGUAGAUACGUAAGCUGUCAAAUUCGAACCCCGAAGUCGUCUUAGAGUUUACAUAUCAUAUACAAUGGAUAAUUCUUUGCAAUUACGACAAUAAUGUGAUUAAUUGUCAAUGUUUUAACACGGUUAAUAUUAAAUUAUUAAUCACUCAAUAAAGUUUUAAUCUGAUUGUUCAA